AUGGAUCGACGCGUUAGAGGUAGAGAACGUGGGAGAUCAACUAGGCAACACCCCGAGGGUAGUGGUGAUAGGGAACCUGAGGUCAAUCAAGACCAUGGUCAAGGAAACGUGGCCGGAGACCCAGUGGCCACCGCAAUUAAUAGAAUAACCAAUGUUCUAGAGCGCAUGACCGAGCACCCAGCUCCGGGGGCAGUGCAUCAUCAAGGAGGCCCAAUCGAUACCGAGGAUCGGGCAUUAGAGAGAUUCUUGAAGUUUGGACCUCCUAAGUUCUAUGGAGGUCCAGAACCUGAGGUAGCCGAAGGUUGGUGGGAGAGGAUAUCUGAUAUUUUUGCCGCUCUAAACUAUACGGAAGAGAGGCAAGUGACUUUUACAGCAUUCCAGUUUGAGGGAGCUGCUCGUUCCUGGUGGAACCUAAUUAGGGUUAAUUGGGACAGGAACCAUAUUCCUAGGACCUGGGCGAACUUCACUCGGGAGUUCAAUGCCAAGUUUCUACCCCCUCUCAUCCAAGAGAAAAGAGAGGAUGACUUUAUCAAGUAUAAGCAGGGGGCGGUGAGUGUCGCCGAAUAUGAAAUCCAGUUCACAAAAUUGUCCCGUUUUGCUCCUGAAUUGGUAGCCACGGAGCAAAGCCGUGUAAGGAGGUUUGUGCAGGGGCUAAACGUGGAAAUCCAGAAGGGAUUAGCGGCUGUUCGGUUAGACACGUUUGCUGACGCUGUUGAAAGAGCUCAAAGAGUUGAAGUUGCUAGAGCUCAAGUAAAAUCCUUCCAGGCUAAGAAAAGAUUUGGCCCUAGCAGCAGUCGGGAGCCGACUAAUACAAAUACUCCACCGGCCAAAGUAGGUCGAGGAAUGGGUGGAGUAAAUAAUCCUGGAGCACCACGAGGCGCUCUGGCAAGAGGAACUGGGGCAAGAGGUACCGGAAGGAGAGAUAUUGAUACUAGAGGAGGACCAAGUGUAAGGAAUCAGACUAGGAACGCCCUGCAAGGAGGUCGUGUGACCACCCCUCAGGUAAUUUGUGGGUAUUGCAGGAGGGUCGGCCAUACUGGGAAUGAAUGUUGGAUGAGAGAAGGGAAGUGCUUGAGGUGCGGAAGUAGCGAGCACCAAAUUGCCGGCUGCCCAAAAAUGCAAGAAGGUGGUACCCCAAAUGUUAAACAAGCCACUUCUGGGGAAAAUAGGCCAAAAGUUCCGGCUAGGGUGUAUGCCAUAGACGAUCAACCUGUACCUGAUUCCUCGGAGGUCGUGGAAGGUACUCUUCCAAUCUUUCAUCGAUUAGCUAGAGUAUUAAUUGAUCCUGGCGCAACUCAUUCAUUUGUGAAUCCAAUUUUUAUGGCCGAAAUUGAUGUACAACCUGUUAGAUUACCCUUUGAUCUUGAAGUUAGGACAUCUAUGGGUAAUAAGGGUAUAAUUACUAGCCUGGCCUAUAAGAAUUGCGAGUUUUGGAUUGGAGAGCGUAAGAUGCUAGUAGAUCUGAUUAGUUUGGACAUAAAGGGGUAUGAUAGCCAAAGUGGUAGAAUUUUGGAUUCUCGGGGAAGCAACCUUGAGAUUGGACGUGAAAGGUAG